AUCCUUGAAAAGAACAACAAAACAAACCUCGCCUUCAACAAUGGUCAAUGGAAGAGAAUUAAAUAUCAUAGAAGAAAUAAUUAGUGUUUUACAAAGAGUUGACUGUUAAUUUUCAAGAUCAGAUAGCUGUGUGCAAUAUUUAGAAUAUUGUAGCUUCGAAAAGUUGAGUUAUAAAAUCAACUUUUCAGUAAGGAAGUGACUGAAGAGAUUAAUACGUAAACAGCAACAUUUAAUUUCUGUUACCAACAUGUACGACUUGAUGAAAAUUUGGAUAAUUCAAGCAAAUGGCUAAAACCAGCAAGGCGAUGUUUUGCUCUAUACCUACCUGCAGGUUUCACAUGCCUCUGGAUCUGAAUGACAUUCAGCUUCAGCAACUUGCGUUUUUCUGCUUUCCGGAGAAUGAGUACCUAAAAAGUCUGUGGGCAGAGAAGUGCAGCAUUAGUCCAACAGAUGAGAGCCAGAUUUGCUCGCUGCAUUUCACAGAAAAUGACUUUGAAACUAUUCACUCAGAGUUCCUAAACUUCGCUCCAAAAAAAGUUUUAAAGAAAGAUGCUGUGCCGAACAUAAAUUUGCCCAACAACAUGCUCUGCGGAACAGUCGUAAUUUUAAAUCAACAACUUGCAGGCAAUGUUUCAACGGUUUCUGUCGUUUCCCAUAGAGACUGGCACAUUGACAAAAGUGGGGCUGACGAGGGUUCUCUCAGCAAUGCCUUGAUCUCUAAUGCAAAGCCUCCAGAAGUGUGGGAGUUGUGUAGGAUGUGCGCUGGCACAAGUGAAAAUAUGAUUCCAAUAUUCAAUGAUGAUGGAUCUGAUAAAGAUAAUAUUUCACUAAAAUUAAAGCACAUGUUCUCACUUAAUGUCUGUGCAAAUGACGCUCUUCCAGUUCGACUUUGCAGUCAGUGCCUGAUGGACUUGAAUUUUUGCCACCAAACAGCUUUGAAAUGUGCCCAAGCAGAUGCCACAUUAAGGUGUCUAAUGGAAGCUGAAUCUGUCAGUGCCAACCAGGACGUUGGUGGUGAUUGGCAACUCCAUGAUGAUGUGCCCCAUGAAAUACAUGAUGCUAACAAGCAUGGCUGGCAGAGUCAAGUUUUAGAGCCGUCAACGUGGAGUAGAGAAAAUGAAGUGCAGCAUUUGCCAGGAAUCUCUCCUCAGCAGCUAAGUGUUGCUGAAUCAAUUGUUUUGAAAGAUAGGGUCAACGAAACAACAAUGAUAACCACUGGAAUUUCCAGAGAACCUUCGGUUGUACUUACACUUCAGCCAUCAAAUGACAAUGCUGCAAGGCAAACUAGGCUUGCAAGUUCAAGAUUGAGGAAAGAAGAAAACCUGAUCAUUAACGAUUCACACGCCUCUGUACAGGGAAAACCUGUGGAAAAUUUGGAAAACGUACCACUUCGAGAUCGACUACGCAAUAAGAAUCGGAAGAAAACAUCUAUUUUGUCAUGCUCAACCUGCAAAAAGACAUUUGAAACUGAAGUUGAUCUGAAAGAACAUCUUCGCAACACCCACCAAAAGUAUCAGUGCAAAGAUUGUGAAGAACUAUUUGACUCAAAAGAGGCAGCAGAAAAGCACGCUGUCUCUCCUCACAACAUUCCUUGCCUCCACUGCAAAGAGACUUUUGCCUCUCGGAGCUUGCUGAAUGCGCACACAGAAGUGGAGCAUAUAACCAAAAAACCAUUUGUUUGCUUGGACUGCGGAUUAGAUUUUGCAGCUAAAACCAGUCUUAGAGUACAUAUGAAAAAUCACACCGGCAAACGAAUAACUGUCUGUGAUAUUUGCGGCAAAUCGUUCCGCACAUGCGAUGCAUUGAGGCAGCACAAAUUUGUGCACAUGACCGACGAGGAGAAAAAGAACAUGGGCUUCCCUUGCACUAUGUGCGACAAAAAAUUUUCCAGGCGCACCAAACUGGAGUACCACAUGCGGCGGCACACAGGAGAGAGACACUUCACUUGCACAAUUUGCUCCAAAUCAUUCCACGAUUCUGUCCGUCUUAAAGCACAUACCGAGAGGCACAGCACAGACAAAAAGUUCAAGUGCGACGAGUGUGGAUCUGGUUUUGUUUGUAAAAGAUACCUGACCAACCACAAAUCUCGCUAUCACCGCCGUCGGGAAGUCAUCCGCUGCUCAGUUUGCUCGAUAGUACUUCCAUCGGCUGAAGAAGCCAUGACUCACCACAGAGAGCACACUGCCGAGGAAGUGGCUAAAAGCGGCACAUCAGACCCUUACACCCAAUCCUAUGACCAUCACUGCAGGCAAUGCUGCGAAUAUUUUCCCAGUAAAGAGUUGCUUAGUGCGCACAAGGCAAAAAUGCAUGUGAGAGGACGCAUGAAAGUGCAGGCUCCUGUGGAUAUCACGGAGCUGAUAAAGCAAGUCGACUGCACGGUCUGUGGUAAGAAGUUGUGGGGUCAAGGAAGUCUGAAGAGACACAUGAGCACCCACGCCAGUACGAGACCAGAACGAAUUUUUCAGUGUGAGUUUUGCGCCAAGAUGUUUGCCCAAAGAGCUCAACUGGUGGUGCACAUCAGAACGCAUACUGGAGAACGACCUCACCGUUGCUCCUUCUGUGGAAAAGGGUUUAUCACCGGCCAGAGUUUGAUCAAGCAUGAGAGAAUACACACAGGAGAAACUCCAUUCCACUGCUCUCAAUGUCCCAAGGCGUUUCGAAGCAAGGAGAAUCUCAUUCUGCACCAAAAGACACAUUUGGGUUUAAAACCAUUUGAAUGCCAUUAUUGCCACAAAAGCUUUGGUCGCCAAAUCCAUCUGCAGCUUCAUUUACGGACCCACACCGGUGAAAGACCGUACGUCUGUGAUGUUUGUGGCCGAGCUUUUGCACAAGGUGGAGACAUGAGGCGCCACAGACUUACUCACACUGGUGAACGAGCAUACAAAUGCAGUGUUUGCUGCUUCUCGAGCAACAAAAGAAAAACACUGAGGGAUCAUGAGGCGUCAGCACACGGAAAGAGACCUGUGGAGCAAAAUGUGGCAACUCCUAUCAUUAGCGAACCUGUCAUAGCACAACCUGUUGCAACAGUAAUUGAGCCUUUGAUGCCUCAGCAAUUGGCACCUGCUCCUCAGCAGUAUGCUUCCAACAUAAUAAUGCAGGACUCAAGAGCUGUUAUGUUCUUGAAUGCACCAGAAAUUCACAAGAAUUGGGGAGAUAAUUAAGAAAUUAUUUGCACAUAAAUUCCAAAAAUGAAUAUUGAUUCAAAAAGUUUAGAAGACAAGAUUUAAAACAUAAUUCAUUCCUUUGUUUAGGAAACUAGGUAGUCUGAAUAAUCCACUAGAAAGAAAUAAGUGUCUUAUAGUUAGUAUCGUAGAUAAAAAUUGCAAAAGAUUGUGUAUUUAAAAUAUCUGAUAGACAUAAUAUGCAUUGUCAUCUUAAAUGAAUUUUUUAUUUUUAUUUUACCAUUUAAGGAUAAUUUGCAUAGCUUACAUAGUCUUCCAUUGUUCGGUGAUCUGUAUGUUUUUGAGAUCAAUAAAAUAAAACACCAUCAUAUUGAACUUUUCAUACGAGUGUAUUAAAUAGCUUAAAGUAAUUCUGUUGCUUACAAGAAUAAAAGUUGAAAAAUAAUUGGGCCACUCAAAAAA